CCAACCCAACUGCAUCGCCUGCUUGAGGUUUGCAUCCUUAACCCUGAACUUCUCGGCUUGCACAAAGAGGACGCAAACACCUCCAAACCCACCUCAUGGCCCCAACAGUGGAGGCGGCGAACUGGGCUUCUUCACCUGCGUCUCGUGGUGCCAGUCUACCUGCCGCCCACCAACGGGGCCAACAAAACAUCGGGGCCUGGGACAAUCUAUCGUCUCCGGUUUCGAAUUGUCUCCCGAGUCGCUGCAGCUGCUGCCGCCAGUUUGGCGCCAGGCAGUUGGCAAAAUGUCGCGCUUCGAGUGACCAACCUGGCAACCAAGCCGGUAUCAGCCGGUCUGGCAGACACAUGGGCGCCGAGACGUGGUGACGGCGACAACAAUGGCCAUAAUCCAUCUAUGGGAGUGAGUGGGGCUGAAGGCAAUUUGGUAGAGGUCUUCAUCAAUUGCCAGCGCAUCGCUAGACGCCAGCUCUUCUUACCGACUGAAGUAGACCAGCCUGCAAAAGUGCCCUCAAGCCUGGAAAAUGAUGUGAAAUCAGCGGUCCGGCGGGUAGAUUGUACCGAUCUUGACGUGGGUUGCGUCGGGAGCCCAAAAGGGCAGGACAACGAGGCAGAGGACGUCCACAAGUGUCCUCGACUCACUGGAGUUCUGGGCGGAGGUGAAGAUGGUGACAUGAUGAGCGAGAAACCACUCACGGUAAGUAGAAGUGGGUGGCUACACUAUUUGUUCGCCUGCGGUUGA